UUUGUGUUUAAAACUAACAAAACUGCUAAUAAUUUUAUUGUCAUAUUAUUUUAUAUUUUUUCUAUUUUCUUUUUGUAUUUUGAAAUAAAUAAAACCGACAUUACGCUGAAUGCUACAUACCGCAAAUAUCGCAAAAAGGAAUUUUGAAGCAGGCAGGCAUGCAAAUGACUAUUAACAGUAUGUCAAGAACAAUUCAAAAACUUGAAAAUAGUGUUAAAAUUUCUACGAAUCUUGAACAAAAAAUGUUUCAAAACGAGAUUCAACUGUUGAUCGAUAAACACAAACUCUCUUUGGACCUUGACAAGGAGAAAUACAAAAUUUCCAAACUAAAACAAAUAGCAAAUGUCACUGUUGCUAGUGUUAAAAGUGUGAAGAACGUUACUUUCGACGACAAUUCUGGACAUAGCAGUGAUCUUGUGAGAGUUUUGAAGAAGAAAGAUCUCCUUUUGAACAAAUCAACCUGCGAGAUCAAAAAGCUAUCCAAGGAAAAUAUCAGGCUUAACACCGAACUCCAGCAUGAACAAUCGAAAGUAUCAAAAUUAAAACGGGAUAAUCAGGUUCUUUCUCAGUUUGUUCAACACCAGAUGGAAACAAAAAGUGAAAAUCAAAACUAUGAAGAAAAAUGUGCCAUCUUAACCCUUAAACUGAAAGAAUCCGAUUGCAUGGUGAAAAAACUUGUACACCGGAACAAUAUACUUACUCAAGAAUUGCACAAAAAAUCUAGCAAUAAGAGAAACUCGAAGACACAAGUAUGCGAGAUGGAUUUUGUGACUUGAUACAAAUAAAUGCUGUUUUAAAAAUA